ACGGCGCCACUCCCGUAUUACGCCCUGCCCAAUCUCUUGACGCUCUUUUCUCAUGAUAUGCCGACUCUACCGCUCAUACAACACGUCUUUGACUAUCUUCUAACUCGGCCUCCCAUCUAUGUGGUCUAUCUUGCAUGUGCAAUCAUUCUUUCGAGGAAGCAAGAGGUUGAGCGCCUCGAAGAAGAAGGCGAAGAGGGGAUGAUCCACUCGCUGCUUUCUGCGCUACCAAGCCUAGCCGACGACGCACUCAGUAAUUCAAUGCCUGAGACUAGCUUCGACCAAUUGGAAGAUAAGACUUCAAUUCCGGAAAUCGAAGAGCCAGCCAUGGAGGAUGACUCUCACGCUACCGGGGACCCUGUUCUGAAAGAGCAUCCAUCAAACGAAGAUAUUAAAUCAGAAGAGAUGGAAGAGCCCUCGCGUAAUCUCUUGACGGUGCAGCUCACAGAGCUGCUGGCUCUCUCGGACGAUCUCUAUCUCCGCCACCCUCCUCACUCCCCCGCCAUCCAGCUGUCAUCGAUAAUGGGGCCACAGAGCGUCGUUUUCACUUGGUCGACGGAUGCAAGCGAUAUGCCCUCUCCGGAUGCGGCCGAAGCCAUGGUCGAGCGAACAGACUUGAUCGUGUAUCCUGAAGAACUUCCAGAGCCCGAACCCAAGCCCACUCGGCACCGGCCACAGAGCAGGCAGGUUCCUGUCACAUUGCUGGUCGGAGCGGGCUUGGUUGUUGGUGUGGCGGUCGCCGUGUCGGUCUAUAACUCUCGACAUGGCGAUCCUGUUCGUGACAUGAAGAAGUUAGGACAGUUGGCGGUCGGAGCGGCCGUGGGAAUCGUCGAGAGCUUGACACGCUUCCGGGUUUCUUGACCGAUGCCCUGAGAUUGUCCGUGUCUUCUGCGGUUACGUACAUUCAUAUGCUAUAAAAUGAGAUACGAUGGAUCGCACGUUUUCCAAGAUGGCCCGUGCUUUCUUUCUCUCCCUCCUCCUUUCCGCCACGGUCAACGCGGCCCGUCAGAAAGCGGACACCAAGGUCCUCAUCCUCGGCGGCGGAGUGUCCGGCGUGAUUGCUGCACGGACCCUGCAUGAACAGGGCAUCGAUGACUUUGUCAUCGUCGAGGCGCGCGACGAGCUCGGCGGGCGGAUGCGCAGCAGGAGCUUUGGGGCACCGGGCAAGGCCGUGACGGUAGAGCUGGGUGCGAACUGGAUCCAGGGCACCCAAACGGGAACGGGCCCCGCAAAUCCGAUCCUGACGUUGGCCAAUAAGUACGGCGUCAAGACCGCCCCGAGCGACUUUUACACGUCCAUCGUGACUUACGACGAGCAUGGCUCGGCGGACUACCUUGAUGUGCUGAACACUGCCCUCGACGCAUAUACCAACUUGACUGUCGUCGGCGGAGCGCGCGUUCCCACCAAGCAGGUCGACGCGACCUGUCGCACGGGAUAUUCUCUGGUCGGCGCACGCCCGAAGACACCGGCAGAGAUGGUCACAGAGUACUACGUGUUUGACUGGGAAUACGCGCAAACGCCUGAACAAACGUCGUGGAUCGCAUCAUCUUGGGCCAACAACUUUACGUUUGAUGUCGAUCAAGGCGGCUUCUCGGCAGACAACGAGUUGGCCAUCGACCAGCGCGGCUUCAAACACCUCAUCCAAGGGGAGGCACAAUCAUUUCUGAAGCCCGAACAAGUCCGGCUCAAUACUACUGUACGCGCUGUGACCUACUCGAAGGAUGGUGUGGCGGUCACGCUCGCCAACGGCACCAGGAUCACCGCUGAGUAUGCCAUCUCGACCUUUAGUGUCGGGGUUCUCCAGAAUGAAGAUGUGGUCUUCGAGCCUGCCUUGCCUGAAUGGAAGGAGGAGGCCAUCCAGAGUAUGACCAUGGCCACGUACACCAAGAUCUUCCUGCAAUUCGAGAAAAAGUUCUGGUUCGACAGCCAGUUUGCCUUGUAUGCCGACACCGAACGGGGGAAGUAUCCUGUCUGGCAAGGGCUCGAUCUGCCCGGCUUUCUGCCGGGCUCGGGCAUCAUCUUCGUCACGGUCACGGGCGACUACUCGAAGCGCGUGGAGGCGCUGUCGGACAAGCAGGUCCAAGCCGAGUCGAUGGCUGUCCUGCGCACGAUGUUCCCCAACAUCACCAUCCCCGACCCGAUCGCUUUCAUGUUCCCGCGGUGGAAUGCCGAUCCGCUGUAUCGCGGCAGCUACUCGAACUGGCCCUCCAGCUUCGUCAGCAGACACCACACGAACCUCAGGGCGACCGUCAGCGACCGCCUCUGGUUUGCGGGAGAGGCGAUGAGUCAGAAGUACUUUGGUUUCCUGCACGGAGCCUAUUUCGAGGGACUGGAUGCCGGCCAGGCCGUUGCUAGUUGUCUGCUCAGUGCCAAAAACUGCAAGCCCCGGACUCAUUUCGAGUCGGUGCCCAACGCAAAUCCAGAGACUAUACAACAAAUCAUGCUGCGUCCGAUCCCAAGAUCCGUCUCACAGCAUCGGUCUCCUUCUCCUUAGCUUUGGCCCUACCCUCUUUGAUCCGCUCCAGUCCACUCUGGAUGCUCUUGAUGUGCACUUCGACAGGGAUUCGCGACCCCGUCAGCUCCGGGGCGGCUACUCUCUCGCGCAAGUUCUCGAUGUCCUCGCUCAUCUGGGUCAAAGCCUGCAAGGCAGAGACCACGUGCAUCAGCGCCUGCUUGCGAUACUGGCCCAGACCUUUCAGCAAACCCAGAUGAUUCUCGUAGCCCCGCAGCUUCCGACGGUUCCCGCCUAGAAUAGUCCAUAGCUCGCUGAGCAGCUCGGAUUUCGCGCUCGACAGAGACACGUCCUCUCGCGUGACCAUCUCGUGCAGCACAGACAGCUUCUCCUCUAGAUUGUCCAGAUUGCGCAUGCUCAAUUCAAACUCGACGACUAGCCGCUGCAAGGUAAACGAGAGGUAGUUCAUCGAAUCUUCGAAUGCAUCCAAGAUGAUGGCUGUCUUGGAUGUCGAAGACUUCCAAGGAAUGAGUGAUCCCCAGAUUGGGGGAGCCGGUUUCUGAUGUGCUCCUUCAAUAGUUAGAAGCGCGUAGUCAUUGACCGCCAUGAUGC